AUCUAAUACGAUUACUGUACGAGCCCAGGCAAGGCUACUUCAGUCAAUUCAACUCAGCGAAGCGUUCCGCGAAGCUCGCACCGUCGGAGCUCGGAAAUUCACUCUGCAAAGUAUCAACGCGUCGACACCAUACAUGAUAGGCAAAUAUGGAAGUAGGGAUGCUGCAUAGGGGCCAGGCGUUGCAUGGUCGAACAAGAGAGUAAAGACUGAAGUCGAGUGUUGCACGCGCGACAAGGAAGAUGCAGCUGCUCCAGCAAUUUGCGGCAGUGGUCUUCUCGCUGCUGUUGCUACUUGCAACGGGGAUCUUUUUGCUUCGCGGCAGGAUAUGGUACCAUAUCCGCAAAGCCGCGGGGUUCGAGGUGUUCCAGGCAGAGCGCCUCAGCCUAGCGGGGUGCCGCCGCCUGCGGGUGGAACUGCGCAAGGGCCCUGUUCGGCUCAUCACGCUGGAGUCGGCGAGUGUGCUGCGCUGGCGCGAGGAUGCAGAACGGGGCGCCAUGGGGCAGCUGGCUGUGCUGCUCACGCUGCUGCGCCUGUUAGCGGCGGCGCUGCUGGGAGGCGCCUGGGCUAGCGGGCCAAAGCCGGGAGCGGCCCUGGCUCAGGUCACGUUGCAGGGCCUGGAGCUGCACCUCGCCGCGAAGGCUCCGGGAGGCGCACCUGGCAAGGCGCCUGCAAAAGCCCGCAGCGGCAGGGGCACCAAGGGCGGGAAACACGCAGGUGCGGCCCAGCCGCCUCCCUCCCUGCCAGCGCCGCUAUUGCGGGUGCUGCCGAUGCUCAAGCUCAAGCUGCGGGACAUCCGCAUCUGCAGCCCUGGCACCGCCACUGUCACCGCCGCAGCUCCGCCUCCCCAGCCGUCUGGAGCACCACAGCCGUCCCAGCCAGUGCCGGGGCCCCUGGAGGUCUCCGUGGCCGCCGUGGAGCUGGGUGCCACACGCGCCGACAAGCCCAGCGUGGGCGGCGCCGCCCCGCAGGGCCCUGCACGCCUAGCCAGUCUGCUGAGCCCACAGACCAGCAUGCUGCUGCGCCAGUUCAGCGCCGAGCCGCUGGACGCCCUGGGGGCGGCGGCGGGGGGCAUCAGCAGCGGCGGCCGUGGCGCAGACACGGCUGGCCAGUCGGUCUCCGUGUCGUCGGGCCGGCCGCUGACCGUGAGCCUGCAGGUCAGCGGCAUCGAGGUGGUGGUGCAGCAGCCAAGCCAGCAGGGCCAGGGGCAGACGGCGACACAGCAGCAAGGGCAACACGAGCGGCGCCCGCUGCUGUCCGCCAGCUGCCCGGCGGUGAUGGUCACCGGCAGCUUCGGUGUCGGGGCAAGGCCCUGGUCCACCCGGCGCGGCCAGCUGCUGUCGACCCACGUGGACGUGCGGCAGGUGGAGGUGACGUGCCAUGCAGGUGCGCAGGAGGGCGGCCACGUGUUCGUGGCGGCUGCGGACGACGCGGCGGCAACCAACCUGUCGCUGGCGGCAGCGCUGGCGGCCCUGGCUAGCCUGGGUAGCCGCAGGAAAGGAAAGCGCGCCGACGCGGCGGGAGCUGACGUGUCUGCGCCGGGCGCGUCACGACCAGUGCCGCGGCUGCCGACGUCGCUCGGCUCCUCUCCCAGCAAGAUGCCGGCGACGACCCAGGAGCCGGCGAGCGGCGAUGCGGAGACAGCAACCUCAAUGCUCAAGCAGAAGGUCGCGGCGGCUUUGAGCCGCCUGGGCUUUGCACUGCCAGAAGAGGCAUCAUUGCGGCUGGAGGGCGUGGUGGGCUUGAUUUGGUUGCGUGCCGGUGAGGCGCCGGCUGCAGCUGCAGCUGGGGCCGGCCCCGGCGGAAUCCACGCGGCUUGUGUCCAAGUGGCGCUCGGCCCCAGUGAGGUGGUGGUGUGCGGCGCAGCUGCCCCUCAGCCCGCCUACACGGCAGCCACCUCGGCGGAGCCUGAUGCUGCCCCCCAGGCAGCGCCCGAGCAGUCCCUGGUGGCGGUGGCGGUGGAGCUGGGCCCGGCGGCGCUGAUGGCGGGGGCCGCGGCGCUGUUCAGCGGGCCGGACCAGGCGGCGCGGGCGCUGGAGGUGGCGCCGCUGCACCUGGGCCUGCCGCGACUGGGCCUCACAGCCGCCGUCACCGUGCCGGCGCUGCCGCCAAACACUGACAGCGGCAGCGGCAGCAAUGCCCGGUUCCUGGCCAGGCGUGCCAGUGCCCCGCUGGUACGGUACCGGGUGUGUCUGGGACUGGACCUGCCGGGUUCGGUGCUGAACCUGCGCCCGGCAACACCAACAGCGGUGCCAGCAGCUGCCGCGGCGCAGCAGGCGCACGACUCCAGGGUCAUGUCGGCGCCCGAACGGGUCGUGUACAGUGUGGCGCUGAGGGGCGUGAGCGCCAGUGCGGAGGUGUCGUUUAGCGGCCCGCGGCCCGUGCCGCCGGGCAAGACGAUUGCCGCUCUCCCCGAGCCGGGCCGCUCGGCGGCUGCGCCCGCGCCGCCCUGCCAGUCAGCAACUGGGUUGUCGGCUGCCUCGGCGGGCGGGCCGUCUGCAGCUGAGGCGCCUGCGGGCGGCGGCCAGCAGGCGGCGGGGCUGCAGCACCUGGGCGACAGCGGCCUGCAGCGCCAGAUGCAGGUACACAGGCGGCAGAAGUCGGCUGGCGUCGGCGUGGGGCCAGAUGGCGGGUCGGCCGCUACCACGCCGCCGCAGCUCAGCCGCGCGGCUUCCGAGCCGCUUGGAGCAGCCGCCGCGGCGGUGCCGGGCCAGCCCGAAGACAGCGCCGCUGACGCAGGCGCCGCCGCAGCCGACCCGCUGCCCGCGGCGGAGUCAGCGGCCGACUUGACGACGGGAGUGUCUGCACCGGCCUCCGCUUUUGAGGGCGCCGGCAGCAGCGGUCAGGAGGUUGCGCGGCUCAGCACUGGUGCCGGAAGUGGCGCUCUGACGGCGGGCGGCGACUCGACAUCACUGGGCGCUGUCCAGCAGCCACCGGGCGCGCCGGCGCCGGCCGACGGCGACACCGCGGCGUCAUCAACAGUGGGCCGCCAACCCUCAGCCGUACUGGAGUCGCCAGCUGGGCAGUCGGAUGACGUGCGGGGCCAGCCGGCCGCUGCAGCCACUGCCACCGCCGCGGCCGACGCCCCUCCGGCUCUAGCCCUGGAGCUGACCCUGGAGUCACUGGAGGUCAAGGCCGUCAGCAGCAACAGCGCAGGCGAGCCCAAGGCGGGCUCGGCAGCGGUGCCGCCUGCGUUGCUACUACAGCGGACCGUGUUCACGGCUUCAGGUGCCUUGGCGCCGCUGCCGUCCGCUGCCGGCGCCGCUGCCGCUACUGCUUCCGCAGCUGACGCGGCUGGUGGCACAGCGGACAUCCUGGCGCUGGAUGCGGCUCUGCGGUUGGGCCGACUGGAUGUGGAGCUGCUGCCCGAGCGCCUGCCGGCCCUGGCGGCCGCGGCUGCCUACGCGGCCGGCGUGGCGGCGGCAGCGGCCUCAGCAGCCAAGACAUCUACAGCCGCAGCAGCAGCUGCAGCGGCGGCUGCAGCGGCAGCGCAACACAGCCCCUUCCUUCGCUCAUCAGCGGCAGGAGUUGCGGCUGAGGCGCUUCUGAAGAGCGCCGCGGCGACGUUCGCAUCACAGACCGCGCCGGCUGCACCGGCUGGCGCGGCUGCUGUGCCGGCAGGCGGGUCUGGGCAGGAGGGCAAGGCACGCCGGCGGCGGCUGGUGGCUGCGCGGCUGGCUAGCCUGGUUCUGGAGUCGGGCCAGGGGUUGCGGCUGGCGCUGCACGGCGCGGUGCCGCUGGACCCCAGGUACCGCCGGGCGGUGGCGGCUGCGCGGGGCGGCGAGGCCGGCGGCGCUGCCACUGGUGACCAGCGGACAGGAGAGAAGGCGGCUGGGGCAGUGUUGGGCGAGGGCGGGUCCCCGGCACCAGCAGCCGCAGCCGUAGCAGCAGCAACAGCAGCAGCAGCACCAGCUGCAGCCGCAGCCAAGGUCCUGGAGUUUGGGCUGUCGUCGCUGCGCGUCAACAUGUGGGGCGCGGUUGAGGGCGGCCCGGGCGCAGGCGCGGUCCCCGCCGUGACCGAGCUGUCCAUCCACAACAUCAGCGUCGGCGUACUGCAUGCGGCGCGGCCCACGAACACAAGCAACACUGCUGCCGCCGCCGCCGCCCCGGAGCGGCAACAGCUGCUGCGGCUGGACCGGCUGAAGCUUGUGUCAUGCAUGCCGGUGGUUGUGGGCGGUGCCGCACGUGCGGGCACCGAGGCGGGCACACCGCUGCAGCGCGUCGAAUUGCGCGGAGCUCGGCUGCAUGUGGACGUGGAUGUGGCGCUGCUGGCCCUGGCGCUGGCCGGCAGCUGGCUGGCCCUGGCGGCGGACGCCGCGGCGGAGCGGUUGCGGGGCCGUCGCGCCGUCGUGUGUGUUGCCGCAGGCGGCGCAUCUACAUCCGUACAGGCACAGGCGGCAGAUGGGUCGGGCAACAAGGGCAGCAAGAGUGCCAGCACUGUGGCUACGGCGCCAAAGGCGAGCCGCCGCCGUGUGCUCGAGCUGCGGGCGUUGGACGUGGAGGCCAAUGUCUGUGUGGGCGCAUCUGAUGUCGUGACGGUGGCGGUGCGCGAGGUCCGCGGCAGCAGUGCCCUGGGCGGCGCGACCGUGGAGGGUGCCGCCGUCCGCGUGAAUGGGAAAAGGCUUCUGGAUGUGGAGUUCCUGUCCGCAGGCGGCCCCGCCGCUGCCCGGCCCCACACAUCCCACCAUACGCCCACGCCCUCGGACUCGGAUGCCGAUCCCUCCGUGUUCCGGACCGCGGAAAUGACCAGUGCUGGUGAGGCCGCUGCCGUCAGUGGCCGCCGCCACCACCGCAAGACGAGCAGCGUGCUCGACAUUGCGGCCGCUGGGCUGGCGGCGCCGUCGGAGCAGUCGGUACGCGGGGCGUCCCAGCCCGCCCGCAGCAAGGGCGUCCUGCGGUCGCGGCCGCACGCCGGCUCGCUGCAGCCAUGGGCGGCGCUGUGCGCUCCGCCGGUGUGGGCGUCAGUGAAGUGCGCAGACGCCGCUGCCACUGCCGGUGUGGGCGGUGCGGCAGACGCCGGUGCGGCACACGGCGCGAAGCGGCAGCCUGCGGUCGAUGCCAAGAGCCCGCUUGCCCGCGGUGCCAGUGAGGCCCGGCGCCAGGCCGCCCGCGCCCGCUUCCAGCUGCCGCCCGCGGCCCCCGCCUCCGCGUCCUCUGCUGGCCCGCAGGCUGCGGCACCGCAGCCGGGCGAGGGCACUGCCGCGGGGCCGGCCACGGGUUCGGCUGCAAUCAAGUCGGUGGCCCUGGCGCUGUACGGCGCCACGCUCACGGUGGCCCACGACGAGUCCGCCGCGCGCGUGUAUGUGGUGGGCGAGCUGUGGUCGCGGGCGGUCAAGCAGGUGGUGGGGCCGCGGCUGGCGGAGCUUAGGUCCAGCUUGCAGCGACUCAAGGGCAGCAGCAAGACCGCGGGCAGCGCCAAGGGCGGCGGCAGCCAGGCCGCUGACCACGCGGAGGGCCUUGCGGCUGGCGCUGGCGCUGGCGCUGGUGCCCCCGGCCGCGUCAAGGACAAGCCGCACGUGGAGGUGUUGUUGGACGUGCGGCGGCUGGCGGUGGUGGUGGAGCACCAGCCGCUAGAGGGCUGGCUGGCGGCACACGGCGGCGCGCUGCAGGCCACGGCAACACAGCGGCACCUGUACGAGCGGCUUGUGUCCAGCUACGCGGGCUCCUGGGCGAUCAAGGCGCGUAAGGACGCGGCGACGGCCGCAGCAGCUGCCGGUCUAGACAGCCUGUCCUCCCUGUCCCCACUGGGCCUGGAGGCGACAGCGCCCACACACAAGCACCGCCACAAGCGCAGGUUGAGCUCCAGCAGCGGUAGCAGCACCACCAGCAGUAGUAGGAGCAGCAGUAGCAGCUCAUCCGGCAGCAGCCCCAGCAGCAGCAGCAGUAGCAGCAGCAGCGACAGUGAGAGUGAUGUGCGCAAGAGGCAGAAGGGCCCGCCGGGCACUGGCGAUAAGGCCCGCGAACAGCCGACUGCGGCGGCCUCGGGCAAGGCCCACCACCACCAUCACCACCGGUCUGAAGAGUGGGAGCGGGCGAUGCGGGACGUGUCUGCCUCCUACGUGGCGGUCUGCCGCGCCCUGGAGUCCACGGCCGCCAUGAUGUCAGCAGCCGCGGCGGCGCCUGGCACAGGCCACGGCGGCUCCGGCUCCGGCAAGACAGCUGCUGCGUCCGGCCCGGCCGCUGGCAAUGCGGCUUCCACCGCUGGCGACGCAAGCCCGGUUUCGAGCGUGGCUGCGGCCGCUGCGGCGUUUGGCGGCUUCGGCAGCGGCGGCUGCUUCAAGUCGUGUCCGGGCGGUGCGCUGCUGCAUGUGCUGGCGUCUGAGGCGCAGGUCUGUCUUGUGGUAGCGCCGGCGGGCUGCAAUGCAGGUCGCCAGGUGGCUGAGGGCGUCAUCAGCCGGCUGGACUCGCCGGCGGUGGCGGGCGUCACCUUUGAGCGCGUGGUAGCGGUGUCGCUGGACGCGGCGGUGGCGGACCUGCAGGUCACCAUGGCCGGCUGCGGCAGCCCCCUGGCGCCUUCACCGCUGCUGCGGGCCAGCCAGGUGGCGCUGGCGGGCUGGAUCAUACGGGCGAGGCAGCUGGCGGCGCCGCCCCGCACCACACCUGUGCCGCUGCUGUGGCCGGUGGGUCGGGACCAUGCGGCGCCGGUGCCCACGCCGAUGCGCUUCACGCGGCCCAACAUGAAGACCUACACCGACCUGCGUGUGGAGGCGGAUGGCGCGAACGCGGCGUUCAGCACAGCGCUGGAGCCCGCCCUGGCGCAGUUGACCAAGGCCCUGAAGGCGCGCGUCAUCCCGCCUGCGCCAAAUCUGCUGCUGCCCAGCGGCCGCGUGGGGCCGCCUGCUCACAGCCCCGGCGCCGGCACGGCGGGAUCCGGCGGCGGUGGCGGCGGCGGCGUGGACGCCAGCCCGUCGGGUUUGCCGCCCUGGGACAACAUCCGCUACGUGUGGCGCGGCGGGCUCAAGGUGAUGGUGCGCAACUUCACGGCGCUGAUGGCUCUGCCGCCCGGCCCCGCCAGUGGCGACCUGCCGCUGGACCCGCUGACGGACCCGCGGCUGGCGCUGACGGCGGCCACCCUGGGCGUGUCUCUGGGCGGCGGCGGGCGCACGGACGUGACCAUCACCUCGCUGGCGGUGGUGGGGCACGUGCAGGGACCGGGCAGGGGGCCAGGGGACGAGCUGGUGGAGCUGCCCAUCCUGGCCCUGCCGCUGCUCAACACCAGCCUGCACGCCGCCUUCAAACAGCCCAGCCCCACGCCCUACGCCUUCCCGCUGCUGCGCGCACCCGCACCCGCGGGCGCCAUACAGGAGCCUGUGGACGUGCCCGGCCUGAUGCGUUCCACCGGCUGGUCCCUGGGCCUGGACAUAUCGCUCGCCCGGGACGCCGCAGCACACAUGCAGCAGCAGCAACAGCAACAACAACAGUUGCACGGCAGCCCCCUAUCGGCCUCACACGGCGCACCGGCGGGCGCGGCGGCGGACCACCUGGCCUUGACGCUGCCGGCGCUGCAGGCGGCCACGGCCAGUGACGCACUGCCGCGCAUCUUCAUCGGGGAGCUGCAGGUGCGGCUGGUGAUGGACAUGGUGCGGGGCCUGGCGGGCGGCGCGCCCGUCACAACACGUGGCGCCUGGAAGCGGCGCACCUGCUAUGAGCCGCCGCGGCCGCGCGGUGGUCGCGGUGGCAGUUUGGGUGCUCUGCUGCAGCGCACCGAAAUCAGCCUGUGCAGUGACGUGGUGGACAUUGCGCAUGACGCGCAGGACCCGGCCGACCCUGCAGACAUGGUGUACCUGCGGCUUCACAACGUGCGCUACGCCAACUCCUUCACCUACACCAAGGGCACUCGUACGCUGGUCCGCAGCAACGGCGUUGUGUCGGUGCGGCCCACCUCGCGGCCGAUCAUGACGGCGCUUAGCGUGGAGGCCUUUGACAUUCGCCUGCUGCUGCCGCCCGGACCCGGGGACGGCCCGCUGGGACCACAUGCGGCGCCAGCCGGGCCAAAGCAUGGCCGCGCUGGCAGUGGUGUGGUGGACCGUGGCGGCCUCAGCACUCGCGGGUUCGGGUCCGGGCUGAUCGCGGCGUGCGACUGCCUGCUGCUCAAACAGGGCUCGCCCGAACCCGCGGAAGCUGCGGCCGGGCCUGGGGCCAGCGGCCCCCAGGCUCCGCCGACGGCGACCAGUCGGCCCAUCCGCAUCAUUGUGCAAGACGUGCAGGUUCUGUGCACCAGUGACACCCGGGACGCGGUAAUCUCCACAACGGCGCACAUCAUGGAGGCUUUCACACGGAGCCCGGCUGCUCCUGCGCGCCAGUCGGCAGCGGCGGCACCCGGGGGCGCUGGCAGCAAGGGCAUCGGCGCGGCAGAGGCCGGCUCUGAUAGCGGCAUACAGGGGGCGCCCGGCGACGUGUCUGCACAGCUGGGGGGUGCCGUAUUGGCGGGCGCGCGUGACGGCGAGACCGCGGUCGCUGGCAUUGGACUAGCCAACAGCAGUGGCCCUGGGACCGCGGCGUCGUCGGGCAUGGGCCCGUCCUGGAUGUCGUCCUCGCUGUCCCACAGCAGCGAGGCGGAGCUGCUGGCGGAGGCCGAGGUGGAGCCGCGGGUGGUGGCGGCGGAGAUGGCGCUGGUGGCGCUGCUGCGGCAGCAGAACGAAACGCGCAGGGCGGAGGCGCGCAAGCGGCAUCUGCACCGGCCCUCCAUGUCCAUUGCCUCGGGCGCCACGGGCGGCAGCGGCGACGGCGGCUCGGACGACGAGGACGAGGCGGCCCGGGUGGCGGUGGUGCUGGACCCGGCCGAUGUGCUGGCAGCAGACCCAGAGCUCAUGGAGGCCGCGGCAGGAGGUGCGGCCGUGCGGGGCCAGGCGGACGGCGCGGCCGCCGGCACCGGCACCGGCGGCAGCAGUGCGCCAGCGGUGGCGGGGGCCAGGGCGGCGCAGGAUCCCCGCGAGAUGAUCACCACAUACGAGGUCGAGUUUGUGCGGGUCCAGGUCGGCCUGCUGGCGGACCCCGGCGCGGGCGCGGGCUGGGGCUCCUGCAUUGUUCUGGGAGCCGACAGCGCCCUGCUGCGCGGCCAGCGGACCUCGGCCGGCGCGCUGGCGGCUGGGGUGCCCGGCUCCAAGCUGCUCACCUUUGAGGUCGAGACGCUGCAGGCCUACGCAGCACGCGUGGAGCCGUCACAACGGGAUGUGUCCACCUACGGCGGAACCGGGUUGGUGAAGCAGAGCUUCUCGCCUCUGUCAGACAGCCUGGCUAUCAGCGCGCCCCUGGCAGGGGCAGCCGCGCCAGCUGUCCCGACGGCGGCAGCACUGCCACAGGGGUGGCCAACGGCUGGGCUUGGAGUGGAGCGCGAGAGUACUGAGGCAGGCGCGGGCCUGGUCGGCGGCCCGGCAGCGGCGGUCGGCCCGGUCACGUGGCUACGUGUCGUUAAUGGCACCCUGGUGCCUCCGAGCUUCUCGGCGUCAGCCGCGGAGCCGCCGUUGGCCGCACGUGGCGGCGUGGUAGCCAUGGAGAAGAUCUUGAACCCCUUCCGCUUCCACCUCACUAGCGCCCGACCCUGGGUCGUACCCGCAGCAGCGGCGGGUCAGGCGGGUCAGACUGCUCCAGCAGCAGUCGCCGCUGAGCCCGACGGCCGCACAGCCGGUGUCAGUGCCGGCGGCGCCGCGUCCAGGACUGGUGUGUCACUCGACAUCGACGUCCCGGCCAUCUCGGGUCAAAUGGAGAGCUGGCAGUUCCAGCUGCUGCUGGCGGUCAUCAACGAGAGCGUGGCGGCACCGCUGCCUCGGGUGUCGCUCCUCACGAGGGGUGCUGGUGCCCGGACGGCGGUCGACGUGGACGCGUCACCAGAGGUUUCUGCAACGGUGGAUACAGUCACAGCCCUCAGGCAACAGCUGCGCUGCCUCCAGCACGAAGCAGUGGCGUUGUCCAACUACCUCAGCCACACACCGCUACAGCAGCAGCAACUCCACCGCCACAGCCCCUCGCGGCCCAGCGAGCUGGGCGGGGGCAUACAUGGCCCCAGCCCCUACACGGCCGCGCUGUUCAAGCCCGUGGCACUGGCAGCGCUGGCAGCAAGCGGCGGCGGUGGCAUGGAGGCGGGGGAGCGUCUCGCUGCGGGCGGUGCGGCUGGUGCGCAGCCCCGGGCGGCAGCCACCUCGCUGGGGGCCGUGCCCCCCGUUGUGUUGGCACAGAACCUGCUGGCGCCGCGCCCCGACAACCUGCCGACUGCGCUGCUGGCCGCACUGCGGCGCCGCAACCAGGAGCUGCUGCUGCACUGGGCGUGGGAGCAGGUGUCGGGCGCGCAGGACGGACUGGAGGCCACUGCCACGGCGCUGGUGCGUCUGCGGCUGGAAGUGGCGGCGGCGCUGGAGGACCAGCUGGGUGCAGCGGGCGGCGGCCAGGCCGGGCAGCGCCGGCAGGCCAUGACAGUGGCGGUGCGGCUGGGCCGCUUCAGCUGGGCGCUCAUAGGCCGGGACAAGGCGCCGUUCGUGCAGGCUGAGCUGAAGGGCAUGUCGUUCAACCAUUCUCUGGACCGCAACUACACCGGCACCACAAAGAUCCAGAUGCACUCGGCAGAGAUGCGCGAACUGACCUCAGGACAAGCCACCCCGCCCGCCGGCCAGGUGGCCGCUGCUGGGGUGGCAGGGGAGGUGGCCGGGCUGCCGGCAACGGCCUCACUUCCGCCUCAGCCGCCUCCGGCCAGUGCCGGCGUCGCCACCGCAGGUGGCGCAGUGGCGGCAGGGGAUGCUGGGCGGCUGCCAGCGACCGCGUCAGCGCCUGCAGCGGCGGCUGCUGCCGGCGGCGGCGGCGCGGGCAUCAGCAGCACCAUCCUGUGUUUGUGGCGGCCUGACGCAGGGCGCUCCUGGGACGACGAGCCGCUACUGCGCAUGUACGUGGUGCACGGCGGCGUGGACGCCCAGUUUGUCACGUACGAGCACAUAGAGGUGUACCUGCACCCGCUGCAAGUUCGGCUGACAUAUGCCCUGGCGCACAGCCUUGCGGACUACUUUAACCUGAAGGACGAUGACGACUUGGCGAAGGAGGACGAGGGCACGGCGGCCAAGGGCAAGCGCGAUAAGGUGAAGGUCAAGGCCGCUGAGCUCUCGGCCAGCGCUGCGGGAGCAACGGGACCAGCCGCGGCUGUGGGCCCGACAGCCUCACCAGCCAAAGCAGCUCGCACUGGCACUGGCUGGUUUGGCCGGCGUACAACAGUUGCUGCAUCAGCAGGGGGCGCGGUGGCCCCCAGCACCGCCACAGUCCAGCGCGCCAUGACGGAGUUGGGUGCUGGGCCCAAUCAAGGCUUGGACUUGGGCGGUGGCGGCGGCGGCCCUGCGGUCACACUGGUGGGCAGCAGUCCCAGGAAGGGUGUGGAUGCGGACCGGCACCACCUGCAGGGCGGGCUGACACAACGUGCACUCCAGCAAGACGGCGGCGGUGCAGCCCGCAUUGGCAAGGCAUCGGACGCAGCCAUGCCUGCAGGCGCAGUUGUCAGCGCCAAGCAGGGUGUGCCGUUGCUGGUGCGCUACGGCCCCAUGUUUCGGGUGCGGGGCGACGGCCGGUGCACCAUCCUGGUGGACCUGGCUGGUGUGCUAGUGCCAGGCACUGCGGCCGCGCCCACUACCACUGCGCCUACCAACCGCCGAGGCGGGCAGGCAAGUGGCGAUGAUGAUGCUGGCUCCGGCCUCCCGACCCGGCCGCCGCGCCGCCUGCGAUUCACCUACGUGCGCUUCAACCGCAUGGCCGCCUGCCUUACCUACGUGGGGCCGCGCCUGCGUGUAGGCGGCGGAAAGAACGGUGGCCUUGGGCUGGUGAUCGACUCGCGCACGUACCGCAACAUUGAGGGCGGCUGGCGGGACAUAUUCGCAAAGUACAAGUGGGACAUCAUCCGGUCCAUCAUCAAGAGUGUGACCGGCAUCCAGUCCAGCAAGCUGAAGGAGCUUCGUGGUGCGGGCGGCGGUGCUGCGGCAGUUGCCGGUGCCGCUGCAGGGGGCGCAGGUGCGGACGAGUCGGAGCUGGGCGCCGCGCUGUUGGGUCUGGAUGAUCUGGAGAUUGCCUACAUGCCAGACGGUCCGCCCGCCGCAGCAAUGGCGACAGCACCGGGCACGGCGCUUGGGACACUGGCCGCGGAGGCCAAGCGGCGCGUGACGGCGGCCAUCUCGGCUGGCGCCGCCACGGGCGCGCGCAUCAAGCAGGCCGUGGGGCGCUCAAUUGGGGGCGAGCCCGGCACAACAAUUCAGGGGGAUGGGCGGGUGGACGGCCAGGUCCAGGGCUCGGGUCAGGAUGACGGCCUGCUGCCGCUGGGUGCUGAGGCGGCGGACAUGGCUCGUCAGGGCAGCAGCCGGGUUGUGGUGGACUAUGACCGCAUCAUGAGGGCGGCGGCGGCGGCACGUGCCAGGGCCACCCGGCUGGCGGCACUGCUGGGAGAGGUGCCGGCGGGCGGGGUAGGCUUGCGGCGUCUGUGAAAGGAUCUGCAUGGGUCCAGAGAGUGGGCGGAUUUGACAGCUGCAGUGCCCAGUGAGACUUAUGGACAGCCUUGUCAAGCCGGGCUGAGGUGCACCCUUGGCUGGCCCUGUUGGUCAGUGGGGCGUCCAGUGAGGAAGUCCUGGGCCGCCAAAGUUUGGGGGUUCGGUUGGUCGCCAUACAUGUAGACUGUGUUUUGGGAGCCCAUUGUGGUUCCUGAGCUCAGCCCCACAAGCAGUCCAGGGGCCAACGCGCCGCCAUGUGGCUCACAUAUGCAGCAUGGGGGUUCUAUGUGCGCGUUGUGACCUGGACAUGUCAAAUGUGGACCAAACACAGCACCACGCUCAGGCUCAACAUGCACAUUACAGUACAAGAAAGCGGGGAAGGCAAAUUUGCGCAUUCUGGUGUCUGCACGUGUCCCGAGUAGGAGGGACCAGGGGUGCCCUGGGAGGGGUGGAAGCCGUUGGAAGUCGCUUUGAGCACCAGCAGCGGCCCUCCCGUUUUCUGCUGCCCGGUGGUGCUUGCCCGCAUGCACACACUGCAUAGGGCACGCUUGCACGCACAACGCACGCACUUUCAGGGCCGCGGGCUGCUGUAAAGUUUCCCAACG